CUCCCCGCGGCCGCCGCCGCCAUGUUGGAUGGUGCGUGUGGGUGUCAAGCGCAGCCCGCGGCCGCCGGGCACCGGGACACCGGGACACCGCGCCCGCCCCGCGCCCGCAGGUCGUGAUUUUCAUUUUCUCGUGUCAUUCUCUUGAAGAGAGGAAAUGGUUGUAGUGGAAUGUGUUACAAAUAAGCCACUGAUACGGAGCCUUUGCAGUUCAGAAACGUUCAUAGAGGAGCAAAUUUAGCCCUUUUCUGUUUGUGUUCUGCAACCUGCCCGGGCAAAAAAGGGAACUAAAAAUGACGACUUCGUCUAUCAGACGGCAGAUGAAGAACAUUGUGAACAAUUACUCAGAGGCCGAAAUAAAAGUUCGGGAAGCGACCUCUAAUGAUCCCUGGGGUCCUUCCAGUUCGUUAAUGACUGAAAUAGCAGAUCUGACUUACAACGUUGUGGCCUUUUCUGAAAUUAUGAGCAUGAUCUGGAAACGGCUCAACGACCACGGCAAGAACUGGCGACACGUGUACAAGGCCCUGACGCUCUUAGAUUACCUGAUCAAAACCGGCUCCGAGAGGGUGGCCCAGCAGUGUAAGGAGAAUAUUUUUGCCAUCCAGACGUUGAAAGAUUUCCAGUACAUCGAUCGAGACGGCAAAGACCAGGGCAUCAACGUGAGGGAGAAGUCCAAGCAGCUGGUGUCGCUCCUGAAGGACGACGAGCGACUCAAGACGGAGAGGGCCCAGGCCCUGAAGACCAAAGAACGCAUGGCCCAGGUGGCCACUGGGGUGGGCAGCAACCAGAUCACCUUUGGCCGAGGCUCCAGUCAGCCCAACCUGUCCACCAGCUACUCAGAGCAGGAGUAUGGAAAGUCUGGAGGAUCCCCAGCGUCUUACCAUGGCUCGACGUCCCCUCGAGUUUCCUCGGAGCUCGAGCAGGCCCGGCCUCAGACGAGCGGGGAGGAGGAGCUGCAGCUGCAGCUGGCGCUGGCCAUGAGCCGGGAGGUGGCGGAGCAGGUCGGUGCCCGUGAGGAGCGCCUCAGACGCGGAGAUGAUCUGAGAUUACAGAUGGCUCUGGAGGAGAGUCGCAGAGACACAAUUAAAAUUCCCAAAAAGAAGGAGCACACCACUUUGUUGGACCUGAUGGAUGCCCUGCCCUCCUCGGCGCCGGCCCCGCCAAAAACGGAGCCGUGGGGACCUCCCGCUGUUGCAAACCAAACUGAUCCCUGGGGAGGAUCCACAGUUGCAGCUCCUGCCUCUGACCCGUGGCAAUCAUUUGGUGCCAAACCAGCUGCUUCCGUUGACCCUUGGGCAGCACCAGCAGGAUCCACAGCUCAGCCUCUGUCCAAAAAUGACCCUUGGGCUCCUGCUCAGUCAUCUUCUACUGCAGCAAAACCUUCUGUGGAUCCCUGGGGACCAGCACCUGCAAACAAACCUCUCUCUACUUCUGGAAGUACAUCUUUUGACCUCUUCAGUAAUUUGAAUGGUACAGUUAAAGAUGAUUUUUCUGAAUUUGACACACUUCGAACUUCCAAAAAGCCAGCUGAAUCAGGUUCCACUUUGCCAUCUCAGCAUAGCGGUACCACAAGUCCUGAUCUCUUUGAUUCCCAGCACUCGAGUGGGACAUCAGGAAAACAAAGUGCAGCUCGGAAAACCCCGGAGUCCUUUUUGGGCCCCAAUGCUGCUCUGGUGAACCUGGAUUCUCUGGUGUCUAAGCCACCACAACCUGUUACUUCACUGAAUCCAUUCUUGGCACCAGGCGCCGCUACAGCCCCGACUCCAAUCAACCCCUUCCAAGUGAAUCAGCCUCAGCCGCUCACCCUGAACCAGAUGAGAGCGAGUCCCGUGAUGGGAACCAGCCCUUCCUUCAGUGCCGUGCCCCCGAUGAGCAUGGAGCCAAUACCUCUGUCUUCCAUGGCCCCCGUGCCCGUGGGGAUGGCACCGCUCCCGGCGAUGGGCACCGUGGCCUCGAUCACCAGGAUGGGCCAGGGGCUGAGCAUUGCAGGAUCAAUGCCCCAACCUCUCCACAGUACAGGAAUCCCGCCGUCAGCCUCCCAGUCUGCAAAUACAACUAACCCUUUCCUCCUAUAAAGACCCAAUUAAAGGAACUUUUCUUUUCCUAGUGUUUCCAGGCUGAAGUCUUUACAGCGGAACGAACGUGGCCUGUGUGGACUGAACGGUGUGUGAGAGACUUGGAAGUAGAUUUGCAGUUUACAGUUAUGAUCUUUGAAGAGUUGUCUCUACUUACCAGUUAAUCUAAAUCUAGUCUUUGCUACAGAUGGUACCUUACUUUGGCUUGUUGAGCAUCAUGUGAAAAUGUUCAGACUUUUCACCAAAGUUAGAUUUCUGCCCAUUUUGUUACUUUGUUAAUCAUUUCAAUACACUUUCUAGGGAGAGAACCUGCCAUUUUAAACUCCGUUGGCUAUUUUGUAGAUGUCAGAUCAUGUGCUGGAUCCUGAAAAUUACUAUUUACCUGCAUCUGUCACUUCCUAUGCCCAUAUGAUAGACCUGAGAUUCCGAGUGCUAGUGAAUGUUUUGCACAUAACUACACACAGUUCUAGACUGUUGGUUCACCCAUAGUCCUUACUCUUAGAAAGAGAACGAUCCGGAGGGCCCAGGUGGCUGGUUUUUAUGCAUUAAACAUUGCGAACUCGCACUGCUUGUGGUAUCUGAGGUGUGACCGAGAAAACAAGCUUGUCUCUAAAGGAAAAUAACACAAAAAAACCCCAGACUAAACACCCAAGAACAUGCUCGAGUUGUCGAUAUGCCGUGUGCUGUCGUGCAGUGUUGAAUUUGUACACUACUCUAAGGACUCCUGGAACUCUCUGUGAGUGGCUGCACUCGUGCUGAGUGAGUGUCCUGCUCUGUGCUUGUCCAGUACCAGCUUCUUUGGAAGUUUUUUCCAUGUGUAUUUUGUUUUUAUUUGACUUACAAUGUGAGUUGAAAGAAAAGGAGAAAAAAAAAAAAAGAAAAGACAAAAAAAGGACAAAAAAAAUGAAAUACAGUGGGACAAUGAAUUCAGUUUCACCGGGGCAAGCUUUAAAACUAAUUCAGGCUUAACCUUGCUAUAUGCAGUUACUCUUGUAUACUUUUGCACAUAUUUUGUUUAGUACAGUUUCAUAUUUGAGUUUGCAGAGUUACCUAAUAGUCCUUUUUUUGCUAAUUUUUAUAAUGUGGUUCUUAUUUAACUGUCUGGUUUUGAUAGAUUUAUCAAGUCUGGCUGAAAAAAUUAAGAUAUUGGCAAAUGUCAUUUUUAUGGUUUUAAUGCCCUCUUAUUUAUGGUUUUAGCUCUUUGUUUCUGUAAAGAGAGUUUAAAAGGGAAGAUUAACACUAAAAUAUUUACUUUUAAAUGAAAUAUUCAUAAUGCAAAUCAAAAACAAAUCCUCGUGACUAAUUAUUUUUAGAAGAAUUGAAUUUGAGCGUAACAUGAUUUAAGACUACAUUAAAAAGAAAAAACACUAAAGUCGCCUUUCCCUUGAUUUGUUCCCGUUUCCCGACCCCCCCAGACUGGACAGACUUUUAGCCUUGAUGGAAAACAUCACAAGAGAGGCUGGUGGUGUUUUUUUUUUUUUUCCUCUUGUACUACUUCUUGAGCUGUUAAAAAUCCUAAUGUACAAACCACGACUCGUUUAAUUUUAUCGACUAAUUUUUCCCGAUGGAAGGUGCACUCCAGAGAAAAACCGUUCACUGGGAGCUGAACUGUCCCUUUUUCACUGGCAUGUCUGGACUCCUCGGCACCGACCCACGCUCAGGGUUCUGGUGCAGCCCCGGCACAGCGCAGCCGAGCUCUGCUCCCAAAUAUCCGUGGGCAGGGAUGUCCCAGCGCUCGCUCCUGCCUUGAGGGCAUCUCUGCAUGUAUUGAUGCAUCUUGGUGGCCUUUUCCCUGCUUAGGAGGGGGGGGGAAAACCAGAGAACAAACCACAAAGAAGUGACCAGAGUUGUGUGUUCUGGUGUGCCGGAGCCGUGUGCCGCCGGAAAGGGACUGGGGUCUGUCUCCUGGUGGGAAGGGGAGGCUGAGAGACUAUCAAAUUUAGGGUACAAUCACAGAUUUUUAGCUGUGUAGGUCAGUGUAGCUCUGUUAGUGUGCGGAAUGCUAAGUGUGUGGAUGUUUCUAUGCAGAUUGUGGGAUCCUCUUGGAUACUGUGGAGUUGGGCGAGGAGGAGCCCGAAUAUUCAUCUGCUCUCGUUUUUAUAUAGGAGGAAAGAGAAUUACUGUCCACACCCAGUAUGUCUUUAAAAACAAAACAAAACCCAUUCAUGUUGCCUUUCAGAAUAAGGAAAAAAGACUUUACUUUUUGUUGUUGUUGAAGUUACUGAGAGGUGUAGACCAGGAAGGGUGUGAUUCUUGCAGAUGGGGGGGGGAAGUGCUUUCCAGCUGAUCUGUGGCAAGAUUUAUUUUUUCCAGUUUGAUUUUCUCAACAGUGGAAUCGAGACCACUCGAUGUUUUUUUCCCUUAGUGUGUCGCCUGAAUUGCAGUUGGAUGGGGCACUGUUCAGCCAGAAGUCCUGACCACAUCCUGGGUAACUUUUUGGAGGCGAAGGUGGGGUUGAGAGUAAAGCAUUUAAAGUGAUGAAAUGAUCUACAUGACUUGAUAAAACUGUGCUGUGGGCCUGGUAGGGAGCCCUGGCUUUAGUGAAACUGCUGAAUGGCCAAUUGUUGCUUUAACCAAGUCACUUCUCCAAGAGCUGUGUUCCUUUUAAUUGAAUACACAUUAAAUAUGGAGAGAGACAUUUAUGGCACAACAAACCAUGACGGGGCUCUCAGAGGAGCCACGGCCCAAAUCCUGGUGCUCUAAAGCUUUAGGCUGAGACUAACCAAGCCCAGAUCCCAGCCUGGCACAGGGCUUGUGGCAGGAGAUGAGUUUAAGAGGAGAAAGGGCUGGUUUGGUAAAUCUUGGUUGCUGGGCUGGGCCGUGUCCCCACCUUAUGCAGGAGUGGGUGGCACUGAGGGGGGUCCUGCCUGGGUGUGCCCCAAAUUGUCCAUCUCUUUUUGUGAUGAUUUAACUCCUCUCCAGGAUAAUCCUUCCCCCUUCCUUGCCCUCCAGUGUUCCUGCACGGAGGACGUGUGUGUAUCCCAUCACAUCCGCUCUGCCCUAUUUCUCCGAGCUCAUUUUCCCCCUUCUUCUCCUUCUUUUUCUCACCUUGCAAAUACUAAAAGUGCUUUUUUUUCUCUUGAUUUUUUUAAAAAAUGUUAGUAGCCCAAAAUAGCCUUACUGGUCAAAUUGACCAAAGAGAAAAAAUGUUAAAUAUUUUGUAAAAUAAAAAAACUAAAAAAAAAAACUUAAAAAAAAAAACAAACCAACAACCCACCCUUGGCGUAAUUUUACCCCCCAAAUAAGCUCAGUUAUUUAUUCAGUUUUAUACUAUAGAGAAACUAAACUCCAUGGAGGGGACAGGGAAGGAAAAACCGUGGUGGGCUGUAUUGUUUACAGCCUUUUUGGAGUCCCGUAGCCAAGACAACUCUUGUUCCCCAUCUCCCCCUUUGCUGUUACAGUUUCUAACGUGUACUGUACGUCUGAAUAUUGCACAGGUUGCGGAGAAAUAGGUGGUUUUAUUUUUCACAGCAGAAGCUCACGACGACUCGCUUUCCUUCACGAGUGUUACAAUUUCAAUAUUUACCAAACUUUUCAUAAUCCCGGGAGCCGGCUGCUUUUUACGACUUUGUGCUGACUUAUUGACAUUAUUUACUGUAUAAAUAAUUUAUCAUUUGUACUAUUGUAUCAUAAUGUCUGUAUCUUUGUGUCAUUUCCCCCCCCCGCCCCGCCCCCCCCAGCGAUGUCACGGAUGUGCUAUUUAACCAAUGCCAUCAGAACAGUGGAAAGACACGGGGUUUGUAGGUGACUGGUCAGAAUUAAAAUUGUAUUGCUUAUAUUCCAGCCGUGUUGCUUUUUCCAAGCCUCUGCGUGGCGUUUCUAACCCCUGUCGCAACCAAACCCCGUCGCCGCCGUGCUCGGGUUUGGUUUUUCCAGGAAGCUGGUGGUGGAUUGGUGGAGCUGAUUUAAGGCCUGUGGUGCCAGGAGAAAUCUCACCGUGACUGAGCGAUGCUGCUUUGUACGCUGGCGAUGGGAUUCCUUGGAUGCAUCCAGCACUUUCCCGGGACAGGCUGCUCUGGCUGGGAGAGAGGAGGGUUUCUAUAGCUCACUGAGCUCGGGAUCAGUUGAGACCUUACUAACUCAAUAAAAAUGAAGACUUGUUGUGUU